AUGCGCAAAGCUUCGCUACGACAGCUCAGUGCUCUCUGUCGCAGAAACGUACACACUCAUGACUUGACAAAGAACGUGGACUCGCUCGUUAAACUCACAACCCUUCCCAACAAAAUCCGGGUUGCGACGGAGCACACCCCGGGGCACUUUGCUGCGCUUGGUUUGUAUGUCGAUGCUGGUUCUCGGUAUGAGACACCAGCUACUUCUGGCGUGAGCCAUUUUCUUGACAGAAUGGCGUUCAAGGUGUCACUGCAGACGACUACAACUCGCUCAGACGAGGAUAUGGCGCAAGCUAUGGACAAGCUCGGCGGUCAGAUACUUUGCUCGUCCACACGAGAAGCAAUCAUGUAUCAGUCUUCCCAUUUCUCCAAUGCCACACCACUCGCCCUGUCGCUCAUUGCCGACACUGUAACAUCACCAGCCUUACUCCCUGAAGAGCUCGAAGCACAGCGAGACGCGGCACGUUACGAGAUACGAGAGGUUUUGAAUAAGCCUGAAAUGAUACUGCCUGAGAUACUGCACGACGUUGCUUACGGAGGUACUGGACUCGGCAACCCCCUGUUGUGUCCGCUGGAACGAGUAGACGAGAUUGAUGAAUACGUGACGAGGAGUUUUAUGAAGCAGUGGUACAGGCCAGAGCGGAUGGUCAUCGCCGGCGCAGGAAUGCACCACGAAGAACUAGUUGAGCUCGCAGACAAAUACUUCGGCAGCAUCAAAUUUGUCACUCCUGAGCAGCAUUCGCAACCUCAGCUCCCCUUCUCAGGCUCGUCACGAACGCAGCAGCAACCGCCCGCCCAUCUUCUUCCCUCCCAGCCGCAGCAAAACUCAUUAUACAAAUCAUUCACACGCGCAGCAUCGUCUUAUCUCCUGCCGAACCAGCCCGCCUCCAUAGACCUCCCUCCGCUAGGCUCCACAUACACCGGCGGACACCGCCAUCUUCCUCCUGUCCCUCCUCCGCCAUCGAACCCUCCCCUCCCUCAACUUUCACACCUCUAUCUUGCAUAUGAGGGUCCGUCAAUUCACGACCCUGACGUUUACGCCGUCGCUACGAUUCAAGUCCUCCUUGGCGGAGGGGGCUCCUUCAGUGCCGGCGGGCCUGGAAAAGGAAUGUAUACCCGCCUGUACACGCAUAUCCUGAACCACUACCCUCAGGUCGAGUAUUGUGCAUCCUUCAACCACAUUUACACAGACUCGGCGCUUUUCGGCCUGUUUGCGUCGUUCGUCAGCCGUCCCGCUGGUCAGACCGGCAGGGGCCGCAUCGGCAGGUCGCGGAGCAGCGAGGGCAACAGCCCAGCGGAGAUCUUCCCGCACCUCGUGCAUCAGCUGAGCCUGCUGUUGUACACACCGAUACCGGAGGACGAACUCCAGAGGGCCAAGAACCAGCUCAAGUCAAGCUUGGUCAUGGCGUUGGAGAGCAGGAGCGUCGAGGUGGAGGACCUUGGGAGACAGAUGCUUGUCCACAGCCGUAAGAUUCCUGUCCAGGAAAUGUGCGACCGCAUUGACGAGGUCGAUGCUGCCACGAUUCGCCGCGUCGCCCAUAAGUUCUUCGGCCCCGAGAGCGAGCGCAAGCCUACAGUUGUCGUGAUGGCUCCUGAAGACGUGUCCCGACAGGAGUGCGCAAUGACAUUACGGAACUAUGGCGUCUCGGUAUAG